AUGUCAUCUUCUUGUCUAAGUGGUGGCAGGGCAGCUGCAUACAGACUCGAAUUGCUCGACUUGGGCAUGAUCAAGUCACCAUCUUCAACCUCUUGGAUAUCGAGUUCAUCCUCGCCAUCCUCGACCCUGUCCGAAUCCAGCAACUGCCCGUUAGCCAUCUCGACACGAAAACACCGAGCACCCAGAAAGCGGCCCAACCAGAGCUACGAUGAGGCCGCUGCCAUUCUCUCCACGGCCUACCCCAAAUUGUUCCCCACCAAACACCUCACCAAGCUCAAAAGAUCAUUUCACACCAAAAACAUCACGUUUCAGCCAGACACGUCCGAUUUCCUCAUGCCCUUUCAGCCCGAUGACUCGUCGGGCUGUCUACUAAGGCCCGCUUUUAGAGAGAAGCUGCGAGGAAGGUUGGGCACCUUCCCCAAAUCUUGCCGGAGCCCAGGGGAGACCGAAUCGGAUGUUUCCGGGAUGAUUGGAGACGACGGACGGGAGGAUUUCGACGGCAAGUCGAUUAUUCUGGAUGAGGAGAUCAAUUGCAUCAUGGGGAAUUUGGGGGCGAGGAGUGAGUCGAUCGAGGGUUUUGAUAUUUUUGAUGAAAUCAACAGUAAUUAUGUUGAUGAUAAUUGCAAUUUUACCCGUAUCGGCGGUGUGCAAGCGGGCGGCUUCUGCUACGGGUACCCGGUGUGGCUAGGGUUUGAGUACGGGCCGGGCGGGGUGAGGAAGGAGACGAGGAAUGUCGAUGGAGGCGACAACUGGUGGAGGUUCCCGAGCGUGGGCACGGCUGAUAAGGCGGCGAUAAAUUCUCCGGCGGAGAAGAAGAAGAAGAAGAAGAAGAAAGCGGCGGAUAUUAAGUGCGCGGGGGCGGGGCUCAGGCCCCGGAAGAGCGGAGGCGGGCUGCUGCUCAAGCUCAACUACGAAGGCGUUCUGAAAGAAUGGUCGGACAAGGCGUCGCCGUUCGCCGGAGAGAGUGAGCCGGUCGCCGGGAAUGACGUUCAGGUGAGGCUGGCACAGAUAGACUUGUUGUGGGACAAGAGAGGAAUCCGAGAGGCUAGUGUGUUGCGGUACAAGGAGAAGAGGCGCAAUCGUCUGUUUUCCAAGAAAAUCAUACAAGUCUACAAAGUCAACGCCGAUCGACGGCCCAGGAUCAAGGGACAAUUUGUCAGAACACCAAAUUCCUCUUGUGAUUGA